CAGCCAGAACGUUCACGCUCGAACAGCCAGUAACUUUAUACUCACACUCGCGUCAACUUACACACGACCAAACCGCAAUCAUGGGUGUCGUCUCAGCCAUCUUCCUCGUCCUCAUCACCAUCCUCUUCCCUCCCAUCGGUGUCUGGGCCGUUGCAGGAUGUGGAAUGGAUCUCUUCAUCAACAUCUGCCUGACACUUCUGGGCUACAUACCGGGUCAUAUCCACGCAUUCUACGUUGAGUACGUGUAUUACGAUCGCCGCGAGCAGGCGCGCGAAGGGCGAUUCGCAACUGGACCAGCGCCGGGCGUGUACUCGGAUAAUGUGCAGACAGGAGGCCAGGGCUACGGCACGAUAGCUCAUCCUACGGCUUGAAGAAAUGCUGAAGGACCGAUGCCGUUGGAGACUGUUAUGGGGUGGAUUUUUUAUCGGUUUGUUGAUGCGGUGGUUUGCAUGAUGGGUGAAGGCCUUGCGGACAGUUUUUAUAUGGAUAAAUGAGGAAAGCGACAAGACAUUUCAUACUCUCUCUGCUGCCAAACAUCCUGUCUUACUUGCUUGCCAUGCUGUUCCUGCUUUGGCUCAUGGUAGUGUGCAUUGACACUAGCAACGGCGGCGCUAUUACUUGCUUC